AUGCCCAUUUUAAGUAGUGACUUAUUACAAGCAGCUGCUAUUGAAGAACAUGGAUAUGACUACCAAAAGGAUUUGGCUGGUGUUUUAUUGCCAAACUAUUUAGAUAAACAAGAUCAUUAUAACCAAGCAAAGAGGAUAUUUACAUCAUUAUGUAAGGUAAAAGAAGCACUUAAAAAAGUCUGUAGACAAGUUGAGAUCUCAUUAAGAGGAUGCUCAAGCAUAUCUAUUAAUAUGGACUUAAUUUGGAAUGAUAACCAUAAUUUAACACCUAAAAAUAAUAAUAAUAUGAUAUUUGGAAAUUUAAAAGAUGAAUCAGCAUAUAAAGUAAAGUUAAGACUUUUGUUUGGUAUAAAUCAAUUAUUGAAUGAUAAUUUAGAUAUGAUCGUGUCAACUAUUUUGAAGUCAAUACUUGUCUUAGAUGAUUGCCAAUCAAAUUUUGAACAACUAUUGAAUGCUAGUGAGUCACUAGUAAAUAGAUGUUCAGUAUUAGAAUCUGAUAUUUCAUAUAUAAAAAAAGAGAAUGAUAACUUAAAUUGUCAAAAGUAUUAUUUAGAAAAACAGUUAAGUGAAUCAGUAUCUUCAUCUACAAAAUAUCGUUCUGCAUUAUGUAAGUCUAUUAAAACAGUGCAAAAAUUAUAUUUAGAAAAUGAGCUAUACAAAAAAGAAUUAUCUAAUAUUGAAAAUCAGUUAAUAAUAUCAAAAUUACGAGUAGCACAAUAUAAUGAAGAAUUAGAACAUAUUAGAACUCUUCUCAAGUAUUAUCGAAGUCAAGUAAGUAGUGAAUCAGUCCUAUCUCCAGCUAUUGAACAGAUAUUAAAGGUAGAACCUUGCCGUGUUACUUCACAAACUAUUCCUAAUAUUCCUAAUAGGAAGGAAUAUUUAAAUUCAAAACAAUCUGAGUCAUCUACACGCCAUUCUAAUAAGUAUCAUCAAUUAGGUAAUCUUCUAACAAGAUUUCUCUCGUUUUCAUAUACUACAACCAAUAAGAGUUUGAGAAAUUUAGUAUAUUAUGGCUCUCAAAAUAAAGACGAUUUAAACUUUAAUGAGAAAUCACUGAUCAAGUCUCCAGUUUAUAUAGAAAAAAGUGAAAUGUUAACUAAUAUUAUAAUAGAAGACAAUAUUAAAGGAUUAGGAGAUAAAAAAUUGGAGCUUAAUCCUGAUGAAAUUUUGACAAGUCCAUCUACAUCUAAUAUUUGUAGUUCUGGUAGUUGUUCUACAAGUUGA